AUGGAGUUAUUGUUGUCAUUAUCCAUCUGGAUUUUCAUCCCCGAAGUAGUAUUAAAAGGAACGCCGACAUUUGGUGACGCUAUCUGCCAAUUUGUAGGAUUCAUUACUGCCAUGUUAGCCACAGGUUCCAUUUAUUCCAUGGCCUUAAUUGCAAUAAAUCGAUAUUUCCUCAUGGUAAAAUCGAACCUUCAUCGCAAGUACUUUACAAAGAGGAACGCUUAUAUAUCGAUCGCUGUGUCAUGGAUCUUGGCUGGAAAUUUUCCUGUGUCUUACAUGCUUCUCGGCAACAAGUUUAAAUUUCAUCCCGGAAAGGGGAUUUACCAAAGAGUGAAAGAACACAACGCAUUACUGAGACACCAUGGAGGUGGAAAUGGAAGCGGCAGCGGAAUUUCAGCGAAGGAAAUUAAAGUAACAAAACUUUUGUUUGCUAUCGUACUGAGUUACACGAUUUGCUGGACGCCAUUUUAUGUCAUCGAUUUAGCUGGAGUAUUUCUUGGCCAAUAUUUCGCCCCUCGCCUUGUUUACGUGUUUUAUAGCAUUGUUGUUGGUAGCACUACCGCCAUCAGCCCGAUAAUAUAUGGCGUUUUCAACAGAGAGCUCAAAGGCGAAAUCGUAAAACUUUUAAAAUCUAAAUGCUGUUGCUUUUGCAAUAAAUUCAAAGUUGGAGUACCUGUGACAACCUCAAAUAGGCGUUCAUGA